AUGUCUGGAAUUGUAAUCCUGAGUUUGCGGUUGAACAGCACCUCCGCAGAGGAUGCUAUGGAAGUGAUCAAGCUAAAAGCCAAAACCACAGCCAACAUGUUAGUCAUUAUGGCUGCACAAUUGGUAGGUAGUUAUCAGUUCUUGAGUUUCUCUCUGAUCAUCCUCCUGGUCAUCCUGGUCAUUCUGUCUGUCCUGAUGUCUUGGGGCGGUGCUAUCAGGCAAGAAGAGGUCAUCUUUGGUAGUGUUAUAAUCUUUAGAAGAGGGGGAGAUAAAACAAGUCCAACUGGUUAUACAGACAGUAACGUUCAGUUUUGUUUUUUGUUCCUGAUUUCAGCGAUGGCGGCUGCUGAUCUGAGAGACGAGCUGAGCUGCUCCAUCUGUACCAGCAUUUAUACUGAUCCGGUAUCCCUGCCCUGUGGCCAUAACUUCUGCCGGGGCUGCAUUGGGAGAACAUGGGACUGGCAGGAGGGGAUAGAGGAAGAUCCUUCUUGCCCUGAAUGCAGACAGAGAUUUAAAAGAAGGCCUGAACUGGCAACAGCCUGGAAGCUGCGUGGCCUGGUGGAGAGGUUCCGUCCGACUGAGACAGCACUGGGGAAGACUGGGAUCUUCUGCACUUACUGUCUCCUCUCUCCUGUACCUGCUGCUAAAUCCUGUCUCCUGUGUGAGGCUUCUCUGUGUGAUACCCACCUGAGGGGGCACUGCCAGUCAGCAGAACAUGUACUCACUGAGCCCACCGCUUCCUUUAUGGGGAGAAAAUGUUCUGUACACAAUGAGCCCCUAAAGUAUCACUGCUGUGAGGACUCUGCCUGUAUCUGUGCAUCCUGCUGCCUGGCCGGGGGGCACCGGGGCCACAGGGUGGAGCUGCUGAGUGAGGCCUCUGAGAAGAAGAAAGAGAAACUGAGGAAAGUUCUGGAGAAAUUGAGCCCAGAGAGAGAGGAGACUGAGAGAGGAGCCCAGAGGCUGCAGGAGCGCAGGAGAGAAGCUGAAAGAAAAGCAGCCGGUGAGACAGAGAGAGUCACUGCCCUGUUUCGGGGCAUCAGGGAAGAGCUGGAAGCCCUAGAGAAGCGAGUCCUUGGUGAUGUGUCCAGGCAGAGAGAGGAACUUUCUCUUCCAUUCAAUAAACUGAUCAACAGACUAGAAUUUAAGAAGGAUGAGCUGUCCAGGAAGAUCCGUCACAUUGAGGAGCUGUGCAACAUGGCAGAUCCACUCACUGUCCUACAGGAACAAUGGGAAUCCCAUGGAGCUGCCUUUUGUGGGGCUGAGGGGGCAGAUAAUAAGGGCAGAGAGAGAGAGGGUAUAAAGGACCCAGCUGUAGGGGAUCUGGAUGUGGGUCGGAUCUCAGAGACAUUACUUACAGGCUUAGCUGGGAUUGUGACUGGGGUAAAGGAAUGGUGGAUCUCUGGACAGAUUCAUACAGGCCUGGUACUAGAUAUAAACACGGCUGGGAAUCAUGUAUCUGUAUCAGGGGACAGGAAAUCUGCUUCCUACUCACUAACAGAACUACAUUGCAAAGAGCUGCCCUUGGUCCUGUGA